UUGAACAUGUAUUGUAUAAUUGGUGAGUUAUUAUUAUAAGAUAUAAAUAUAUAAUAAACCAAUACAAUUUCGCUUUUAUUGGUGGAUUAUUUUACAAUGGUACGACAUGUGUUUUUUUGUGCCCGUCUACAACUUUUAGUACAGCAAAAAUGUUUUAAUCUUCAAUUUUCAAGAUGGUUUCUGUUACCAAAUUGGAUUUAACUGGGUAUGUAAGUUCAAAAUAAUUUCCAGUACUUUACAAAAUAAUCAAAAAUUAAAUUAAAAUACUGCAUAACGGGAAAUUUUACACAAAACCAGUUUUUGAUAAUAUCGAUUUUAUUUUUUAGUUUAAAUUCAAAAAUCAAUAGUCGUAGUUGUGCCUUUCACCAAAUUUUUAUUGAUUUUUGUCAGUAAAAAGCUUGACGAUUGAAUACAAGAUCCCAAAUAAAUCGUCCGUGUAUAGCAAUUUAAAAACAUUGAAAAUAAAUAUCCACAUUGUGUUGAUACCAUUUUAAGUCAUUUAAAAUUAAGAUUUUCCGAAGAAUCGCAAGAAUUAGCCCAAGCAACAGAGAGUUUUAUAAGUCUUGACUUUACCAAUUCAUUAUAUUUUAUUAACCAUUACAAGGAUUUGUUUUCAAUAAACAUGGAGUGUUUAAAGUCGGAAAUGACAGUUGCUAGAAAUUGUGCAAUUCAACUUAGUAACAAAUUUGGCUUAAAAGAGCUAAAACAGGUAAUCAGUAAGACUGUUUAUCCAAAUCUGUUCAAGCUACUUCAAGUUGCCUUAGUUUUGCCGAUAUCAUCUGCUUCUUGUGAAAGAAGCUUUUCUGCAAUGAGAAGAAUAAAAUCUUGGACACGUACCACGAUGGGUCAGGAAAGACUAUCUGACUUAUCGAUAAUUCAUAUUGAGAGCGAUCUAGUCAUUGAUAAAGACAUCAUUUUAAAUAAGUUUGCUGAAAAUAAGCGCACGUUGCCUUUACAUUUUUAAUAAAUAAAUAAUAAUA